AUGGCUGACCACGACAAGUCGACUACAGAGCACAUUGAUGCCAUCGAAAGUGCAAAUAAUUCGGAGCAGAACGUACCAAUCAAACAUGUCAACAGCGCCAACGAGGAAAUUGUGCAGCACCUACAGAAUACUGGUGAAGAAGUUGGUAUGACAUGGCGCACGAUCAUGGCGGCAGUCUCCAUGGGAAUGUGCUACAAUGCCUAUCUCUUCACGCUCUUGAUUCCACCUGCAAUUUUGAGCUUCAUCAAUGCAGACCUCGGCCCAGAUCCCCGAUUCACUUGGAUCACAAUAUCUUGGAACCUCGGAGGAGCUAUGUUGGUCACCGUUGGCGGACGCCUAUCAGAUCUGUUCGGCCGCCGGUGGUUCUUCAUCGCAGGGGCUAUAAUCUUGAUCAUUGGUAGCAUUGUAUCGGCGACAGGACAGUCGAUUAACCAGAUGAUUGCGGGAGGUGCCCUCUUUGGAGCUGGCUCGGGAUUUCUAGAAAUGGCCUUCGGUGCGGUCCAGGAAAUUGUCCCCAGUAAAUAUCGACAUGUGACAAUUGGUCUCUUCGAUGCUGCCUCCGUCAUUGCACAGAUCAUGCCACUCGUUGCGUGGGUUAUCAUCAAGCAAACUGGCAACUGGCGAAUUGCGUAUUACAUGAUGAUCGGGUUCCAAACGAUAAAUCUUGUGCUACUGUGGUUCUUCUAUUUUCCUCCAUCUUUCAAGGAAAAGCAGGCGGAACAUGGAAAGUCUAAACGCCAACUUCUUCGGGAGUUCGAUUGGCUUGGUCUUUUCCUUUUCAUUGCUGGAUGCACGCUGUUCAUCAUUGGAGUCAACUGGGGUGGAUCACUUUAUCCUUGGACGUCCGCGACUACCCUUGCGCCACUCAUCAUUGGCUUCCUGACUAUUAUUGGUCUUGGGUUUUAUGAGGCUUAUGGAAACCUCAAGGAGCCUCUUUUCCCACCACGUCUUUUCCGUGCUAUGCGACAUUUUACCGUACCUAUGCUCGUUAUGGCAAUUGGUGGUAUGCAGUAUUAUUCGAAUGCGACAUUGUGGAAUCGCCUGUCCCAAAUAUUGUAUACCUCGGAUGAGAUAUCCAAGGGUCUAUAUGCAGAAGUUCUACCCCUUGGCUCCGUCCUCGGAGGAAUUGUUGUAGCAUUCAGCAAGAAGAUCGGUCAUCAGCGAUGGCAGGUCACUUUUGCUGUAGCUCUUCAGACGGCAUGCGUAGGUGCAUUGUCGACCGCCACCAUCGACAACCCGGUUAAGUCUAUCAUCUUGACCUUCUUUGUUUCACUUUGUACGUCGAUCAAUCUCCUCAACGGAAUGGUGCUCGUCGGAUUCGGAAUUGUCUAUCAAGAAGAUAUUGGCACUGCAGCCGGCCUUGCCGGAACCUCGCGACUCCUUGCAGGUGCCGUUGCAACCGCAAUCUUCAGCAACGUAACCAACAAUAAAUACGCAACAGAGCUUCCAAAAAGGGUUGGGGACAAUGUCUCCAGCUUCAACUUACCCAGCGGAACAUUGGCCCAACUUAUCAAAGCGGCUCGCGCCGGCACUGCCGCAGCGUACAAUGCUGUACCAGGAAUGACCCCAGCCAUCCGAGCCGCAGCAACUCUCGGUAACAAAGAAGCCUAUCUUAGCGGUGCACAUCUUUCAUACCAAGUUGCGCUGGCGUUUGGUCUUGUCGGAACGGUUGCUGCGUUUUUCAUCCCCAGUGUUGACGAGCGGAAGUAUACAGCCAAGACGGUUGCUAUUCAACAACAGGACCGUAAAGCAUUGGAGGAGAAGAAAAUGGCAGGAGAUACAACUGCGUAG